AUGGAAACAGAAGAUAUAUUCAAAAAUGCAUCUAAUCAUGCAAGGACUUUAAAAAAUGUAUCUGAGGAUGACAUGUUGCGACUGUAUGGUUUAUAUAAACAAGCCAAUGAAGGUGUUUGCAAUAUUGACAAACCAUAUUUCUGGGACUUUACUGCUGCAGCAAAAUGGAAAAGCUGGAAAUCAUUUUCCAACCUUUCAAGAGAGGAAGCACAAAGGCAGUAUAUAUGUUUAGUGAAAAACUUUGACCCAGAAUGGGAUGAAACCACAGUGACAGAGACACAAAAUGAUAAACCUAGUGGCAUGGGUGUUAGUGUUAGCACAAUGGCUUAUGAAGAUGAGAAAGAAAUACCAGACAAAGAUAAAACUGUAUUUGAUUGGUGCAAAUUUGGUGACUUAGAUCAAAUAUCGCAUUUAAUAAAAAACAACAAAAAAUUAAUUCAUGCUAGAGACGAUAAUUAUUUAUCACCGUUGCAUUGGGCUGUUGAUCGAGGUCAUAUUAACAUAGUCCAGUACUUGAUAGAUGUUGGGUGUGAUGUAAACCUGCAAGACGAAGAUGGACAGACACCGUUAAGUAUUGGAAACAAAAAUAAAAGAGACAACACUUUACUAAAAUCUUACUAA